GGUUAGACAACCGCCAAUACUCACUACUCAACGGUUGCGCGAAUCACAUUACAUAUUGUUUUUCGACUAUUCGAAUUUCACAACUCGUUGAAUAAUAUUGAGAAGGUGAGGUGUUUGAUUGAGGACUGCGGGAAACGAACCAAGAUAUUUUAUUGUUGGUUUUGAAUUUCGAGGGAUCAUCUUUCGCUUCGGAAUUUUCGAUUGAAUUCUGAAAUAGGAGAGACAUGGGUGGAAUGACUCAGAGAUCGUGGACCCCGACUAAGCGCAGGGGUCCGAUCGCCGCUGAAUUUGGAAGUCCUGGACCAGCUUGCGUCACCCUGCCACCACUUAUAGGCAAAACUGUUCCAGAUUCUAAAAGAGGAAGAGCCCCUGCAUUUUCAUUUGGCAGCAGACAUUCACAAAAAAAUGAGAGCCCUGGUCCCGGACCCGGUCAAUACAAUGUAUCCGGACUCAACGCGAAAGGUAAGGACAAAGCACCAGCAUUGUCCCUUCAUGGCCGUACUCAUACCGACAAGAUCGAAAGUACUCCGGCCCCUGGCGACUACGAUCCACAAAAGGCAGAGAAAAUUAUUCAAGACAGCUCGCCGAAAUACUCGUUUGGAAUAAAAACACAGACUGAGAAAAUUAAUAGCACUCCAGCACCCGGUGAUUACUGCGCUGAGAGCGCAAUCCUCGACAAAGCACCGCAAUACACAUUUGGCAUGAGACACACUGGGGAGAGGCGUAAUGACACUCCGGCGCCUGGGUCUUACUACCCAGAGAGAUUUAAAUUGGAUAGAACUCCAGAGUUUACGUUUGGUCGUAGACUGUCUUUGGGUAAAAUCAGUGAUACUCCAGCCCCAGGAUCAUACUGCCCCGAAAAAGUUAAUCUGGACCACCAGCCGCAAUACUCUUUUGGCUUGAGAACCCCCGUUAGUAAGCCUAACGAUACUCCAGCCCCUGGUGCCUACUGCCCAGAGAGAGUUAAUUUGCAUAAAGGUCCUGAAUUUAGUUUGAGCGGAAAAGGACUGGCAGGCAAGCCCAUUAAUACUCCAGCCCCGGGCGCGUACAGUCCUGAGAAAGUCAAUCUCGAUCAUCACCCACAAUACACUUUUGGUCUUAGAACACCUGUCGACAAGCCCAGUGACACUCCAGCCCCUGGAGCCUAUUCUCCAGAACGAAUUAAUCUGCAUAAAGGCCCUGAGUACAGUUUAAGUGGAAAAGGCCUCUCUGAAAAACUCAAUGACACUCCAGCUCCAGGAACCUACUGUCCAGAAAAAGUCAAUUUACACAAAGGUCCAGAGUAUAGUUUAAGUGGUAAAGGUCAUUUACCAAAAUCAGACGAUACUCCAGCCCCUGGAGCAUAUUUUCCCGAAAAAAUCAACCUCCAUAAAGGGCCUGAGUACAGUUUAAGUGGAAAAGGCCCUUCCGAAAAGAUUAAUGACACUCCAGCUCCAGGAGCUUACUGCCCGGAAAAAGUGAAUUUACACAAAGGUCCAGAGUAUAGUUUAAGUGGAAAAGGUUAUUUACCUAAAUCAGACGACACUCCAGCCCCUGGAGCAUAUUUUCCAGAGAAGAUUAAUCUGCAUAAAGGGCCUGAAUACAGUUUAAGCGGUAAAGGCCUCUCAGAAAAAUUCAAUGACACUCCAGCUCCUGGAGCUUACUGCCCAGAAAAAGUGAAUUUACACAAAGGUCCAGAGUAUAGUUUAAGUGGUAAAGGUCAUUUACCAAAAUCAGAUGACACUCCAGCCCCUGGAGCCUAUUUUCCAGAGAAGAUUAAUCUACAUAAAGGCCCUGAAUACAGUUUAAGUGGAAAAAGCCCUUCCGCAAAGCUUAAUGACACUCCAGCUCCAGGAGCUUAUUGUCCAGAGAAAAUUAAUUUGCACAAGGGUCCAGAGUACAGUUUAACAGGAAAAGGUCUCUCUCCAAAGUUAGAUGACACUCCAGCUCCAGGCACGUAUAGCCCUGAAAAAGUAGAUUUGGAUCACCAUCCCCAGUACAGCUUUGGCUUGAGAAUACCUCUAGAAAAGUCCAAUGACACUCCAGCUCCCGGGGCGUACUGCCCAGAGAAAAUUAAUUUACAUAAAGGUCCUGAGUAUAGUUUGAGUGGAAAAGGGCUUCCAGAGAAGCUAAAUAAUACUCCAGCCCCAGGGGCAUACAGCCCGGAAAAAGUACAUUUGGAUCACACCCCCCAGUACAGUUUUGGCUUGAAAACACCUCUAGAUAAGCCCAGUGACACUCCAGCCCCUGGAGCUUACUCACCAGAAAAAUACAAUUUGCACAGAGGCCCGGAGUAUUCUCUGAGUGGAAAAGGUCCCUCCGAGAAGCCCAACAAUACUCCAGGCCCAGGUCAAUACUACCCCGAGAAAAUAAAAAGUCUGGAUCAUAUGCCUUAUUACAGCUUUGGUAAUAGAACUCGACUGAGUAAACCUAGAGACACUCCAGCACCUGGUACUUACUCACCCGAUAAAUCCUACACACAUCUUGAUGGUUCACCCAAGUACAGCUUUGGUGUAAAACACUCUCUCUAUCAGUCCAAUCCCUUUCCAGCCCCUGGUUCGUAUUCUCCCGAAAAAGCCAAAAUUGACGGUUCUCCCCAGUACAGUUUUGGGGUGAAAACUCAAGUGGAGAAGCCCAGCGAUACGCCUGCUCCUGGAGUUUAUUCCCCUGAGAAGGUGAAUUUUAAUAGAGGACCUGAGUUCAGUCUCAGUGGCAAGCAUAUUGUGGAGAAGCCUGCAGAUGUGCCAGGACCAGGACACUAUAGUCCAGAGAAUGCAAAAUUAAUUUGGGAGAAAGCGAUGCAAUUCACGUUUGGAUUGAAGCCACCCAUGAGCAAAGACGAAAAUACUCCAGCUCCAAACGUCUACACAAUUCCCUCAGCCCUGGGUGGCACUAAAGAAGGAAACAAGAAAACCGCACCAGCCUACUCAAUAUCAGGGAGGCAAAAAGUAUUCACAGACGAUCGAGUACUCGUUCCAGGACCAGGGGCUUACGAAUCCAUCAGAACAGAUAUUGUCAGAGCUAAAAGUGCUGCUUACAGCAUAAGUGGACGCUAUCAAAUCCCCAGUGAUCAGUCGAAGAUUCCAGCGCCUGGAGCUUAUUGUCCAGAAAAAGUGGUCCUGGAUAUACCCCCAGCUCACACAUUCGGCAUCAGGCACUCACAGUACAUCUGCAAUCUGAAGGACACUGUAUCCUCAUACUGAACGACCGUCGAAGGUUUCCAAACAUCAUGACUUCACUCAACGUCUCUUCUAAUUUUUGACUGACACCACACAUUCACAUUUUAUUUUUCUCCCCAAAAUUAAUGAACAGUACUUGAACAGCUUGAAUAGCUCGGAAACACUAGAGAAAUUGCUUUUGUUUUAUUAAAAAAAAAAAAAUCAGGUUUUGAAAAUCUGAGAAUCAUGAUGCGUUUUCUAGAUAACAUAUUAACUGAAACAUCUUCCUCUUCACUAAAUAAUGCUUUCAAUAUUUUAACAAUUAAUUACUGUGCCUAUAUCACAAUUUUUUAUUUCAUCAUAUUCAGUAGAGAAUAAAGAUUGUUUUAUCAUUGUAAAAACCUCCGAAAUUCGUCAUCAUUGGUUAUAAAAAUAGUCAUGAAUCUUCGAGUAGAAACUUUUCCUCAGAAAUAAAUGCAUUAGGCUGUA